GUGGUGGAGGGUUUCUCUCUGCGUCGCCUAGGUAUUGAUCGUCUUUCAUAACAUUGUCCUCCUGGUUGGCGUAAGACAAACAGGUUAUUGUUGAUGCACCACAUCUCCUGUACCGCUCAAACUAUAACACGGACCCACUAUGGCAAGUCUCCUAAAAAAGCCCUUCAAGCUUGCACUCGUGCAGCUUGCAUCAGGAGGUGAUAAAGCCGCAAAUCUUGCGCAUGCCCGCUCGAAAGUUAUCGAGGCCGCAAAGGCUGGCGCCUCCAUGAUCGUCCUUCCUGAAUGUUUCAAUUCUCCAUAUGGCUGUCAAUAUUUCCCUAAAUAUGCUGAGAUCGUCCUGCCUUCGCCUCCCUCGGAAGAGAAAUCACCGUCGUGGCAUAUGCUCUCCAAAGUUGCAGCAGAAACCAAGACCUAUCUGAUUGGCGGAAGUAUACCAGAAUUCGUCCCGGAGACGAAGGAAUACUUCAACACCUCCCUUGUCUUCUCGCCCACAGGAAAGCUUCUGGCAACGCAUCGAAAGACACACUUGUUUGACAUCGAUAUACCGGGAAAGAUCAAGUUCAAGGAGAGUGACGUCCUGUCUCCAGGAAACAAGGUGACUAUCGUCGACAUACCGGAAUAUGGUAAGAUUGGACUGGCAAUAUGCUACGACGUUCGCUUCCCCGAACUCGCCAUGAUAGCUGCAAGGAAGGAUGCUUUCAUGUUUGUUUAUCCUGGGGCCUUCAACACGACGACAGGUCCAAUGCAUUGGACAUUACAGGCCCGUGCGAGGGCAAUGGACAACCAAAUUUACGUGGCAAUGUGCAGUCCCGCGAGGGAUAUGGAGGCGACUUAUCAUGCUUAUGGGCACUCGAUGAUAGUGAAUCCUAAUGCGGAAGUCCUGGUUGAGGCUCAAGAGUACGAGGAUAUUGUCUAUGCUGAAAUCGACGGGGCAAAGAUCGAAGAGACGAGGAAAGGCAUUCCGAUCUACACUCAGAGAAGGUUUGAUGUCUAUCCCGAUGUGAGUGCUGGAAAGGUGCGAUACGACGAAUGAAAGACAGAGGAGUCGUUGCAGGACAAACAUGCAGCAAGGAAGACGAGAAUAGAUACUGCAGUAGAACAGAUCUUUCAGCAGACGACCAGAACAGGUUGAUAUCGAAACAA